UCUUUGCGAACGCGGUUUAAUUUCUUCGCCCUUUUUUUUCUUCGUUGUUUCCUUAAUAAUUUGUCCCGAUAAUUGCAUUCAGCCCUUUAGUUACUUGUUACGUUAACGACAAUAACAGCAAUUCUCCCCACUCGAGAGUCGGAAACAUUCGCAUUCUUCGAUCGUAACCUAAACUAAAUAUUAAUUCUUACACGCCCUCUUCAAGCUGGAUGAUGGCUACCGAGCCUUCCCUCGAUAGGCCGGAAGCAUCUCACACUGAACUUGCUCUCACACAGCCAGAUUUCAGUAAUACCGACGCUCACGAUGAUAACUAUCCCAAUGCCAAACUAAAUGGCACCCCCUUCGACAUCGAGCAUAAACAAGUCGCAGAACUCGUUGACGAGAUUGUACAUUCGGCUGAAGUAAGUGUAAGUGGCGGUUCCGAUACCGAGGCAUCUAAGGCAGAUCCUCUGAAGCGUUUCGGAGACAAAAAUCAUGCGCGAUCUUCAUCCACGGUUAAGAAGCCCCAGAGCUUCAAGUCUGUUUCUGUGAAUCGCACGUUUCUCGCCUCCAAGGCGGCUUCGAACUCUUCAUCACGUCCCGACUCAACCGGUUCAGCAUCUACUACGCCGCAACCCACCCCUACAAUAUCUGCUUCGCGUCUAAAGCUAGUUGCCAAAUCCGGCAGCAGCUUGGGCGGUUCUACUAAGACACUUAGUAGUAAUGGAAAACCCGCGACUGCCCCCGAUCCCAACACUGUAUGGAAUCGCAAUAAGCCUAUAUCCCAACCUGAACAAAAGAAGCUUUCCGAUGAAGAACUGAUGAAUCAGUACGGUAUCCAUAUGGCGGGCCGUCUAGGGCCGGAGGACACCAAGGGUCAAUCAAACUGGGCCGAUAUUGACGACGAUGAGGAGUGGGCUCCUGAGACGAUAACGUGGACCGAUGGAACUAAGAUUACAUUACCACAAGCCGAAGAGAGUGUCCCAAGUCCCAGCAUAGCCCCUGCCACCCUGGAAAAGGAGCCCAUUGCUUCACCACCCAAAUCGAAGUCUCCGGUACCAGUCACGAGUACAAUCGGAUCUCCCUCAGUGAAGCCAGGCGUUCUAGCUUCAGGAAAAGGCCUCAUCCUUAAGGGCGCCCCUGAGAAACCUACUUUAGUGGCAAAACCACCCGCGCCACCCACGCCUGCCAAGUCUCCCUGGGCACGCCUGCCGCCCAUUGAGAAAGUCCCCCCUGGACAGGUAGAUGCAUCUAGUUCGGCAGCGGGGAUUUCGCGAGUUCCAGCAAGGGAUUUUACUUUGGCCAACAGUGCAAACCCGCAACUAACUAAAGAGAUCGCGGCCGAUGACUUCAGCCGAUCAGGAUACAGAGAAGGACAUGCCAACAACCAUAGCCAAUUGUUCAACUCACACUCGGGACGAUAUGAACCGGUAACGGACCGUAGAGGAUCUAGAAAUGAUAUCCAUGGCCGUCAGCCUGCUGUUCUUCAGCGACCCCACCACCACGAUCAACAAGGUCCCGCGGAGCCCUCCGCCGCUUUCCAGACGAGCAGAAGCGGCGGACAUGAAGCACCGUACGGUCGUCGACGUGGUUCUUCCAAUGUAAGCGGCACUAGUGGCACUUUGGCCUACAAACUCGGCAAGCCGCAUGAUAUGCCAUUGCCACCGUCUGACCUGCUUCAAUCGCGCUCUGGUUCUGUUGUUGGUACAGGUGCUGAAAGUCCAAUAUCUGCGCGAACAUUUUCCCCUCCCAACAAUCAGCAAACGCCAUUGCUCCAUUCGAGUCAGCCGUAUCAACCGCGAGCCUCUCCCGGCCAAAUGCAUGCUACUAGUUACGACCCAUCGAAGUCUAAUGUGGAUGAUGAUUUUGAAUCCCAGAAGAAGAUUAUGCGUGAGAAACGUGAGGAAGCAAUCAAGCGUCGAUUAGAGGAGGAGGCUAUUGAAGAGGAGGCACGCAAAGCACGAAUUGCUGAGAAGCUAAAGGCAAUGGGCCCAGCUCCUGAACGGAAGAGCGCCAAGAAGGACGUGAAGGGUGAGGUCUCUAUGCAGUCUCUACCCACCGGACGAACUAGCAUUCCUCCCGCAUUGCAGAUGAAGGCUUCGGCUUCUCAGGAGGCCUCGUCCGAAGCCGGUCAUUCAAAACCAAACACUAUUCCGUCAACUGGCAGUACAAAACCGAAUACUAGCCAACGAAUCAACGGAGACGAUAAGCGAGUUUUUAGCCAAGGUGAGAAGGUAACUGCUGAAGUCCCCAAUACUCAACCUAAGGCAUCAUGGCCUGAAGCCCCACAGCACCCGGAACGGUUCCCUUCGUGGAGUGGCGCCUCUCAAAAUUCAUCUCGAAACGUGUGGGGCGCACCUGGUAAUGAUCGUUCUCUCGGAAAUGGUACUUUCAACCCAGAUCUAGGAAUACUACCUGAUUCCCAUCCAGCCCCUCUCAACGAGCGAUCCCACCGCCCUGCCCCAAUUGGACCCCCCCGAUCUGCAUCUCAGCGGUCCACACGUCCUGAGACUCUAUCCAGUGGUCGCCUAGUCCCUAUUGGCCCACCUCGUGAGCGCAAUUCCAAUAUGGCACAAGCAUCCGGAAAGUCUGCGAACCCGUGGGCGUCCUUCGCCUCAAAUGUUGAGGAGGAUGAUGCUAGACGAGCGAUGGAAAUGCAAAAGAAGAUCAACGCUGCCGCGAAACUAUCUACGCAGCCUGUGAGCGACUUUUGGCGCCCCGAUUCCGGCGCAAAGGCGACUCUCGUCACACAUCUUGGAACAGAGACUAAGAUGGACGAGCCGACCGCCGAAAAUAUGUCAAAGCAUCAGGUUAUAGCGCAGACGGAAGGUCCAAAUGGUCUAGACGUUGCAAAGUAUAAGAGCACCUCUAGAACUUCGACCACAAGAGGGGUCAAUGGAAUAGCCACUGCGCCCGGCCCUGCAACUCAGUCCAGAAGCGGCUCCCGAUUCUUUCCUCAAUUUCGGGAUGCAUCACAGUCCAAUCAUCAUUCUUCCCAAGAGGAUGCGCGAACGAAGUCUCCGACUCCACCCCCUCCCACUGCUGAUGGCCAUCCGGUGUUCGAUGGAGAUGUCAAUCGUCCACAUGUGUCUUUGCCGCCAACCCGACCAGUAGUCAAAUUACCGCCUUCAACCAGCUCUACAACUACUAGUCCCUUGAUGCAAACUGGUAGACCUGCUCCAGUCUCGUUCGCCGCUGCCGCUGCAGCCCCAAUUCAAGCAGGGUCCCGUUCUGGAAGCCGAAAUGCAGGCUACGGAAGCAUUCCACAGAAACCACAUGAGAUAGCGUCACAGGCAAACUGGCAAGAUAAGAUUAACAACCUUAUGGGUAAAAAGGUUACUUUGGCUGCUACCAAAUCUAUGGCAGUAGACUCGUCGAGCAGAAUUGCUCUAGAGCAUGUACAACAGUACGAUCCAGCGACGGUUGCGUUACCAGGACCUUCAUUCUCGUUCAGUCCUGCAAUUCCUAAUCACGGUCAUUUUACUAGCAAGGAAAUGGCCGAAGAGUGCUUCGGAGAGCAGGAGAUGGGUUCGCUCCCCGCCGUCCGACUUCCUAGCGAAGCACCUGAUGCUUUAUGGCAAGCAGUAGAACCAAACUUUGAUCCCGCUCCUCCGAAGCUACGUGUUGAUGCGACAGGUGCUGAGACGUUACGAUUCCCUCCCGAAACAUCCAACGGCAAAAGCGUGAUCCGAGUUUCGGUUCCUUUUAUGUCGGAACCCAAGACUGUUCCUGCUCCUUCUCUGAGCAACUCCAAUACCCCACGCCGACCGGGCCCUCGUGGAAGCCCUCGACGAGCACCGGGUCGCGGCGGGCAGCGUGGAGGAAGAGACCAGCAUUCUAGCCAUGCUGGUGACCACACCUCGCCGCAUUCCUCUAGCCGACCCCCGUCUACCCGCAGUAGUCGUGGUGGCUAUCGGCCUAGGACUGAAAACUGGGGCAGGCAAUCGACUGCCUCGACUGCGCAGUCCUGAGUUGGCCUCCAUUUGAGAUUGGACGGUUAAGUACGACUACAUAUUCCCGACGACAGCUCCUCCCAGAAACAAAAGUACUCAACUCGCAACUGUAUACCUUUUUACUGUGAUAUUACGUCACAGAUUUCACUGUUUUUGCUGUCUUGUGGAUAACAAGCAUAUCCAAGAGUGGCAGCCUGUACAACAAAGUUGACAGCAUCUACUCUUCGGCAAUUCUCACAUGGCAACGACGUUUAGCCUUUGCUACUGUGGGACUAGGACGCCGAACUCAGACUAAACUUGCGAAGGAGUAAUGGUAUAUUGUUCGACACUAAGGUCCAUCGUCAGUCAACGAAUGUUUCGAUCCAUUGGUGGAAACACUUGUUCAACUUCUCCUUAGACUGAUUCUU